CUUGAUUUCACUGGUGGUGUUAUUUGCCAUUCCCCUCCCUUGUUUCCUAUAGGAUGUUCCCAUUCAUUUCCACUUUGGUACACACAUGGUCAUUAUGUCAGUCUCCUUGCCUAGAAAUUUCCUUUAAUAGCUGGGCUUGUUCCUGGAAUCCUUUGUCGGAUGCCAUGGUGAUCUCACACCGUUGGCAGGCCCUAAGGUUCCAGUGCUGCAAGUACCGGGAGUAGGAGCAGGAGCUCAGCUGCAGGAGUCUGAAAGGGUGGAAGGCCUCAUGGCGACUGAAGGGAUAGGGAGAAGAAGAUGGGGACUGUCAAGCCAUUCUGUGCUCUAUAAUGAUGACAUGAGUACCUGCAGUGCGUGUCUGUUUAGCCUGUAGGAUGUGAAGUGCCGGCACUUCAGCAGGAUUGAUCCUUGUCAGCAGCUGAUGAUUAGUAGUCUUUUGAGAGAGAGUAGCUUGCUUUCUUUGGUUGACGUGUUUCUACUCUGAUGUUCAAGUUACGGAGCGAUUCCUUUCAUCAUCUGUAAACAAAAUAGCAAGUGUUGACACUGACCAUCAACAGAGAUUGCUAUGAGUUCUUUGUUUUCCCAUUGAAGUCAUAUUGGUUCUAACAUGGAACACACAGAUGGAAGCUUUGAGUAGCACACAGUUUGUACUUCAGCUGCCUCUUCUCGUCAUAUUUUAUGAAGAGUAGUGUUUGGAUUGUACUAAUGGGCUUGAGUUCCUGUUUAGAAAAGGACACAGCAGCUGCUUGAUGCUUCUGAAUUUCUUGUAAUUCUCAGAUUGAAAGAAAUGAGUAGGAUUUAUAAUUGCAAUUGGCUGGAAGUGCCAUGGGGAGAUGGAGAUUUAGGUUCUUGGGCAGAUCGCUCACCUCUGCAUGAGGCAGCCAGUCAAGGACGUCUUCUUUCUCUGAAGACUUUAUUGUCACAGGGGUACAAUGUAGACACGUUAACAAUUGACCAAGUAACUCCACUCCAUGAAGCCUGCCUGGGAGACCAUGUAGGAUGUGCAAGAAUCCUCCUUGAAGCAGGAGCAAAUGUAAAUGCUACAACAAUUGAUGGAGUGACACCUUUAUUUAAUGCCUGUUCGAGAGGCAGUGCUGCAUGUGCUGAGCUCCUGUUACAGUAUGGUGCCAAAGCUCAGUGGGAGUCUUGUCUGCCAUCACCAACACAUGAAGCAGCCAGCAGAGGUCACAGUGAAUGUCUGGAGGUACUGAUAUCCUGGGGUAUAGAUGUUGACCAAGAUCUUCCUCAUUUAGGAACACCUCUGUAUGUAGCUUGUGUUUCACAGCAGAUCCAUUGCAUUCGAAAGCUUCUUUAUGCAGGUGCCAACGUGCAGAAAGGAAAGCAUUUGCAAACUCCACUCCAUGCUGCUGCCCAGCAUUCUAGUACAGAGAUUGUAAACUUACUCCUUGAAUUUGGGGCAGACAUAAAUGCCAAAAAUUCAGAUUUUGAGAGGCCUGUUGAUUUAGCUGCCCCAAGCAGUUUAGUGGAAAGACUGCUGCUCUUCCACGAAGCCACACCAUCUUCUCUUUGUCAGCUCUGCCGACUAUGUAUCCGAAAUUACAUAGGAAGAGCUAGACUGCACCUUGUUCCACAACUCCAGCUGCCAACAAUACUUAAGAAUUUCUUACAGUACAGAUAACAUAGUAAUUAAUUGUUAGAAACUCAAAUAUAGCAAGUACAUUUUUUUUUUUCUCUGUUUAUUGUAUGUUUUAUCUAAGGAACUGCUGGGCGGAAAAAAAAAGCCUUUUGCAUAUUGCUUUAAAAAAAUGGUAUCUUUGACACCUGGUGUUGGUAAUGUAAUAGUAAUUGGGAGCCAUUCAGCAACUAGUGCCAAGGUGCUAAUCCAGCUGAAUUGAAUAAGUGCUGAUACUCUGGGACAUGAUUGUAUAACUUUAUCUUAACCCUUUAUAGCUUUAGUGCUUUAGUGCUGUUAACUUUAACUGUGUUUAUGUUUUUAAAAUCUGUUUGACACAUCUGAACCACAAAGAGUUUCUUCAUUAUUAUUUGUUAAGUUUGUCCAUUUGGAGUCAAUAUUUUAUGUAUUUUCAAAUUUCUGUUGUUCAUGUACCUAAAAAUACUUGGUAAUGGGUGCACUAUAUGCAUUGAUAAAAAUAAAACAAUUAGACAUCAAUUCUUUUUCUUUAUACAGAAAAUUCAUUAAUCACAGUGAGAAAGUUACUUUACUCUUCCUCACUGCCUGUGCUGUGAAUUGUAAUUAAACUGAUGUGAACAUAA